CCUCCCCCGCAGGCGAGAUCGCCCGCCAGCUCUCGGACAGCGGCGCGCGCGUGAUGGUGGUGGACCCGCUGCUGGAGGGGGUCCUGGACGCCGCCCUGGCCCAGCUGAAGCGCCCGCCGAAGGUCGUCCUGAUGGGGAGGUCGGCGGCGGCGGCGGCGGAGGGGAGGCCCAACCUGCAGGAGCUUGUGGGCGACGAGACGAAGCCCUUUGGGGAGUAUGUGAAGGUAUCGGAGCGCGACCUCAGCGUCCUGGGCUACUCGAGCGGCACCACCGGAGUUCCCAAGGGCGCCCGCAUCGACCACGGCGCCGUCGCUCACAACCUGGCGAUGGUCCUUCACCCGGAGGUCUUUCCCUACGCGCCCACGACGGCGGAGUCCCAGGAGUCGGUUAUCGGCCUGAUGCCCUUCUUCCACGCAUGGGGCAUGUACGGAGUGAUGGCCUGCAGCCUGGCGUUGGGCGCGAAGGUCGUGACGAUGCCGCAGUUCAUCCCCGAGGUCUUCGUCAGGGUCAUCAGGCAGCAUCAGGUGGGCGUGCUUCACCUGGUCCCGCCCCUCCUGCAGUUCCUGGUGGCGCACCCGCUCGUGACCCCGGCUGACCUCGCCUCCGUCAGGUCAACCAUGUGCGCCGCCGCCCCGUGCCCGCCCCAGGCCGCCCACGCGUUCAAGGAGAAGCUGCCCAAUGAGGUGUUCUUCCAGGAAGUCUACGGCAUGACUGAGACGAUGCCCACUCACUUCACUCCUCUGAAUGGGAAGGAGAACAUAGGCUCCUGCGGCGUCCUGCUGCCCUGCGUGAGAGCGCGCGUCGAGGACUUGCAGACUGGGGCGCCUCUGCCUCCCGGAGAAGCGGGCGAACUGGUCAUCUAUACGCCCGCGAUGAUGAGCGGUUACCAUGGCAACGAGGACGCUACCCGUGACGUCAUGACGGCGGACGGGUGGCUGCGGACGGGCGACGUGGCCAAGUACGACGGCGAAGGAUACUUCUACAUCGUCGACAGGAUCAAGGAACUCAUCAAGGUCAAGGGACUGCAGGUAUCCCCCACCGAGCUAGAGGACGAACUCCGAGGGCACCCGAGUGUCGCAGACGUCGGCGUCGUGGGCGUGUCCGACCCGCGGGCGGGUGAGGUCCCGAGGGCGUACAUCGUCAGGAGGAAGACAACCCCACCAGGAGCCGAGGAGAAGGAGAGAGAGAAAGAGAGAGAGGAAGAGGACAAACUGGCGGAGGAGCUGACGAAGUUCCUGUCGGAGAGGGUCGCGCCGCACAAGCACCUCUCCGGGGGCGUGAGGUUCGUGGAGGAGCUGCCGAAGAACCCGACGGGCAAGCUGUUGAGGAGGACCUUGAAGGAGAUGGCGGCGAAGGAGCAGGGGGAUUAGGGCCUCGGUGGAAAAAAAUAAUUUUAGAAAAAUAAUAUUAAUUAGAAAGCAAA